GGCCCUUUAGACUUUAACGUACUGCUUGUUUGUUUUCCUUGGAAUAUCCGGGACCACCACCAACUUUCCCCUAACUCUCUCUCUCUAAUGGUCUUCCUAUAUAAGUACCGAGUUUCCAACUUGUAUUACCCAAGUUGUAUUAACUAAGUUCUCAACUUGUCUUCCAAUUUUUCUAAGCUUCUAGUUUCUUCUUCUUAUUCUACAAUUUUAAUUAUCACCUGAUCUUCACUUACCUUCCACAAGUAUAAAAACGUAGAGUUCUUGUUUGUGUUAAUUACCUUGAAAUCUUAAUCGUUUUGGGAUUAAUGACAAAGAUACAUCCUAGCUCUGCCUCCGCUUCCAUCACCGCCGCUCCAACCCCAUCUUUGGUCUCAGAAUCUCCAAAUGAGGCGGUCGUCUUAACUGUGUGGACAAAAUCCCUUCUAUUCAAUUGUAAUGGCUUUACGGUAUAUGACUCCAAGGGCAAUCUAGUCUACCGUGUUGAUAAUUACAUCGCCGGUAACAAGGGAGAGAUCGUCCUCAUGGACGCUGCCGGAAAGUCUAUUCUCACCAUUCGACGCAAGAGGUUAAGUCUUGGUGAUAAUUGGAUGGUUUACGACGGAGACACGAAGGUAAAUCCGCGAUUUAGCGUAAAAAAACACGUGAAAAUCCUAAACACGAGGUGUUUGGCGCGCGUGAUGAGCUCUGGCAGAGGUGGAAGUGAAUCGCCAUCGCCGAAGAGCAGUAGCCCAUCGUCAACAUUGUACGAAAUUGAGGGAUCGUAUGCCCAGCGGUGCUGUGUGGUUUACGACCACAAGAGACAGAGAGUAGCGGAGAUAAGGCGGAAGGAGGCUGGGAUCGGCGGAGUUUCUUUGGGAGGGGACGUCUUCCGCCUCGUGGUGGAGCCUCAUUUCGAUACCUCAGUCGCCAUGGCCCUUGUUAUUCUGCUAGAUCAGAUGUUUGGUCGGUCAUCUUCUUUUAAGCGUUGAUUUUUAAGGGGUCGAUCUUGAUCUCCUUCUAUACACACACUUUUAUUUUUACCAUAGGAAUCAGUCACACGAGAAAAUCAUUACCCUGAUCAUCUGAUUUGACUACCUUUACUCUUUGGUGGCCAUGGGAUGCAGAAAGCUGCGACUUGGUUUUCUCAAGUUUUUUCCUUCCGUAAAUUUUGUUGUAUAUACAAAAAUUUGAAAAAAAGAAAAAAAAUGCAGAAUAAGUUACGAGGUUUUGGCUUUGGGUUUGAUCUGAUCGUCUGGACCGAGACUUUCCACUUUUUUUCUCCGAUUUUAACAUUCGAUGUAUGUCGAUCCAGAUUUUGUUGAAUGAAAUUAGCUACUUACCUCCUUUUAA